GACAGAUUUUACUAAGUGAAUGUUCCUUUUACUAGUGACUGGAAUGUAUUUGCCAUUUUAUUUGUUUAGAUUGGAGAUUCUGACCAGGACUGUUGAAAAUGUUUUUGAAUCAUUUAUCAAAGACUAGUGUUACAACAUUAUAGUGUUGUAGUGUUGUCUUGGCCAUGAGUUCCUCUGAAUGUGGUGUGGUAGCCAGCAGAGGCUGGACAGGAGGUAUUACUCUCACUGUAGAUCCAGUCAGUCCUCAAAAGUGCUCUGAUGCUGAUGAUGUUUGCCAGUUCAGUUCUACUACAAACAUGACUGAAUCAUGUUUGACUGCAGCUUCCUCCACACCCAUGACUUCCUCCACCCUGUCAACGCACAGUGCUCCUGGCAACAGCAGUACAGGGGCUGCACGACGUGGGAGAGCUUCACCCGCUCCUGUCAAUAGAGUGCCUCUUGUUCGACAGAGCGAAGAGAGAAGAGCCAAACGCUGCCGCUUCUACAGAAAUGGCGACAGAUGGUUUCCUGGUGCAGUUGUGGCUGUAUCUUCAGACCGACACCGGACAUGGGAUUCUCUACUCGUGGAGCUGACUCGCCUGUUAGAGCACCCAUUGCACUUGGCAGCGGGGGUGCGCUUUGUGUUCACUCUUGAAGGCACCAAGAUAGACAUGUUGGACCAGUUGUGCAAUGCAGGCGACUAUGUGGCAUCAAGCACUGAUAGUUUUAAAGCUAUAGACUACAGAGCUGCUCAGCUUCCUCAAUGGCACCUGCAGACCAGAAGACGGGAGGCUUUGCAUGUUCCUUCUUCACGUCUAAAUGGUCCAUUAGAGAAUCUUGAUGAAUCCAACAUGAGACCUCGAUUGAUAACGGUUCUCAGGAAUGGACAGCGACCUCGCAAGGCUGUACGUGUGUUGCUCAAUAGGCGCACAGCCCGAGCUCUGGACCAGGUUAUGGAGGACCUUAGCAUGUCUCUCAAACUUGACACAGGCGCUGUCAGGAAAAUAUACACCCUUGAUGGACGCCAGGUGACAGCUCUAAAAGAGUUGUUUGAGGGCAAGGAUGUGUUCAUUGCAUGCGGCGCUGAACGCUGCAGCCGCGACGACUUCUACCUUGACAAUAAAGAGAGCCUGGCUGUAAGGCCGCUCCUGAAGAGCGCUGGAGUGUCACUGGUGCGCCGACGAAUGCCUUCCCCCAAGCCCCGCGGCCGGGCCAUCUCUCCCCUCACCCUCGAACACUCAGGAAGUUUACCUCGAGGGUCUCGCCCCAGCAGAGGGGAUGUGGCAGAACAUCGUCCCCCUUCUUCUCCUCACAUCUCCUUCCCCUCAAAUGAGGACCUCUUCUUGCCCUCUGCCAUUUCCUCCAGGUAUCGCGUUGGGCGGGUGCUGGGCGACGGCAACUUCGCGGUGGUGCGCGAGUGUCGCGAGCUCGUGCCGCCCCGACGCAGGUUUGCCCUCAAGAUCAUCGACAAGUCCAAGUGUGAGGGCAAGGAGGACAUGAUCCACAGCGAGGUCGAUAUCCUCAGGAAGGUCCGGCAUGAAAACAUCGUACAGUUGAUUGAAGAGGUUCACUGUCCUGACUAUCUCUACCUUGUCAUGGAGCUCGUCACGGGCGGCGAUCUGUUUGAUGCCAUCGCUGCCGCAACACACUACACGGAGAGUCAAGCCGGCCAUCUCAUCCGUGAUCUGGCGUCCGCUCUGCAGUAUCUUCACCUCAGGAACAUCGUCCACAGGGACGUCAAGCCUGAGAACUUACUGGUGGUGCCUGGUCCGAUGCCGCGGCUCAAGCUCGGCGACUUUGGACUUGCAGUGCAGCUGGAGGAACCGCUGUACACCAUCUGCGGCACGCCCACCUAUGUCGCUCCUGAGAUACUUGCAGAGGAGGGAUAUGGACUCGAGGUCGAUAUCUGGGCGGCUGGAGUUAUAGCAUACAUCCUUCUGUGUGGGUUCCCGCCCUUCAUAUCAGCCAGCAACAACCAAGAGGAAUUGUUCGAGCAAAUCCUGGCGGGUCACCUGAGCUUCCCGUCGCCCUACUGGGACCACGUGAGCCCCCAGCCCCGCCACCUCAUCGCCGCCAUGGUGCUGGUCGACCCUGCCACGCGCUUCACAGCGGAGCAAGUCCUGCAGCAUCCUUGGCUCCUUGGAGAAGAUGCACUGAACGAACUGGAGGAUCCCAACGGCGACUACCAUCAGAGCGCGGACUAUGAAUUCUGCAGCCUAACAGCUCCCCCGCCCGACUCUGAGUUCGACUCCACAAGCGGCUACCGUGGCAACUACGCCGAGCACCCACCCCGUGACGACUACGCCACACCUCAGUACCAACAGUAUCAUCACGACCUUGACGGUCAUUACGACCAUGACCAUAACCCAGCUACUCCCAACUGCUCACAGUCUCUAGAAGCUCACGAGGAGACCAGCGAGUUGUCUCCCGCCAGGCCGAGUGGUCCCCGCCUUAGUCACGUGAGCCAAAGUCCAAACCAUAGCCACAAUUCGGCCUCGUCGAGCUCCGGUGUGGGCUCGUGUAAUUCUUCGUGUGAUAAAACGUCAGCUGUCACUGACGGCAUUAAUUGUUUUCGCGGCAACAGCGAUAACUCAGCUGAUAGCUCAAAUACUCUCGAGACUUCUCAGGAGCACGACAACGCUAGUACAACUAUUCGAAAUAACGGCAACGGUAGCGGUAAAACUAAGACGGCUGCUAAAGUUCGUAAUAGUAUUACUCAAGUCAAGAGAGAUGCGCUGCAGAGCAGUCCUGCCCGAAACUCUCACGGCGGUCAUAAAAAAGAGAAUUGGGGCAGUCCGGCGAGAAGCAACGGUCGAUCAACUGGCUUAACAUCUGCUAAGGGCAAGGCUCACUGAUUGCGAUGACAGAAAGACCAGUGUUGUAUUAAUCGGGCUCAGUUAUGGCUUGUUGAAUGCAUGUCUAAGUGGGCAGUAUGCUUAAAUUUGUAUUGAAGAAAAUCCUGGAUGAAGCCAGGCCAUGUGCAUUUAUCGAACUCAUGUUUAAUCUUCGUAAACUUGAGUUGACUUUUUUGUUUCUUUUAUAGUCGCGUAGACCUGACAGACAUUGACCCGCUUAUGACCUCUGCUGUCUCGAAGUCUAGUGAAGCCUGGUUCGUAGCAUAACGAUCACUCUUAUAAAGCUAAUGAGGGAAGAUAACGGCGCGUCAACGGCUGUUGUAGAGUCCCUGUUGGACUUUCGUGGGCAUCUGUUGAUCAAUUUGCCAUGAACAAAUUACGUCCGAUUAAAUUGAUUAUCUCGUAUAAUUUUAGUCCUUGUUACGUAGCUUCCCGCGUGCUAUGUAACCAGUACGCAAGAUCUAGGAGACGAGCCUAUUAAAUUGUUUAUUUUAGAAAUAAAGUGUUAUCGUUUUUCUUUCAUGAUAUUGUCCACAAAAUAAUAUGUGAUGUCAAAUUAUCGCCUUUCCCCGACCACCAUGUUGACGAGCUACGGGCUGCGACCCUAUACUGCCAGUAGCACGUCUGAUAUUUUUAAUCUUCAUUCUCAUCGUAUCGACGCAUCUCUGUGUUUCCUAACUUUCUGAUCUUCUACAUUCUGUCAAGAAUAACAGUCUAGUUAUUUAUGUGUUGUGUAGAUGAUCCUACGUCGUGGUAUGGUCUCAUGGAGCUAUCCACGUCACUUACUUUGUCUUGACUGUGACCCGCUACGCAGACUGUGACGCUAAGGUCAGGUUCACACCAUACUGCUGGGCACGUGCCAGGCAUAUGCCCGUCAUGGU